UAUUUUUGUACUUGUUGUUAUUUCACCAUCAUCGUUAUUACUAGAUACUUUUACAUGAUUAUUAUGAUUUAUUUAUAAAUCAUACUAUCGAUUAUAAUAAACAAAUACGAAUUAAUAAAGAUUAARUACAGGCUUUUACAAAUUAUAGAUUCAAAUUAUCUAUUAUACAGAAUCUCACUUUACUUCAUUCAACUAUUGAAGGCUUUGAAGUAUCAAACUAAGUAAUUAGGAAAUAGGAAUAUAAGAUACGAAAGAAUAAUACACUCCAAAUGAGCAAAAUGUCUGACAAUUCACCACCUACCAAAAAAAUUAAGAAAACGAAUUCUGAAGUUAGCACUUCCAAAACCAGUAACUUCUUAAAUGAUGUAGCAGCAGAGCGUAAUAAAACAGCCCCUUCUAUAAUGGAAUUUAAAUUCAAUAAGAAACGUUUGCGUGUGUUAUCUGAAAAAAAAGAAGUGCCAGAAUGGGCUGAAGGAGUUAUUUAUUGGACUUUCAGAGAUGAACGUAUUCAUGAUAACUGGGCGUUACUAUAUGCACAAAAACUAGCUAUCAAAAACAAAGUUUCAUUACAUAUCACUUUYUGUAGACUAAAACAAUUCUUAAACUGUAGCUUACGGCAUUAUAAACAUAUAUUUCAAGGAUUGGAAGAACUAGAAACUGAGUGUAAAUCACUUGAUAUCCAAUUUCAUUUCUUAAUUGGUUGUGCAGCAGAUAUACUACCAKAUUUUGUAAGGAAGCAUAAACUGGGUGCAAUAGUUGUAGAUUUUAUGCCUGUGCGAGAACAUAUGACAUGGACUAAACAAUUAGCUGAAYGUAUUGGAUCUGAAGUGCCAGUUAUACAGGUUGAUUCCCAUAAUAUUGUACCUUGUUGGGUAGCCUCUGACAAACAAGAAUAUUCUGCAAGAACAAUACGAAACAAAAUCAACAACAAAUUACCCGAGUUUUUAACAGAAUUUCCACCAAUUAUCAAACAUCCAUUUCCCAGUACAUUUAAAGCUCAACCAACAAAUUGGGAUGAAGCUGACAAAACCUUAGAAGUGGACCGUAGUGUUGUAUCUGUGCCAGGACUGAAGGCUGGUUUCAAAGCUGGUAUGAGUGAGUUAGAACAGUUUCUAAAAAAGAGAUUGCCAAAAUAUUCUACAGAUCGAAAUAAUCCUGUAAAAGAUGGUCUUAGCAAACUGUCACCAUGGUUGCAUUUUGGUCAGAUAUCUGCUCAAAGAUGUAUCUUAGAAGUUAGUAAACUAUCAAAACAGUAUCCAGAUAGUGUGGCAGCUUAUAGGGAAGAAGCAAUUAUUCGGCGAGAACUUUCUGACAACUUUUGUUACUACAACCCAAAGUAUGAUAAGAUUGAAGGUGCUCCAACCUGGGCUCAAACGACCUUAGACGAACACAGAAAAGAUAAACGUAUGUAUGUGUACACUAGAGAAGAGUUAGAAGGUUCACGCACACAUGACGAUCUUUGGAAUUCUGCACAAAUACAGUUGGUAAAGGAAGGCAAGAUGCAUGGUUUCCUACGCAUGUACUGGGCAAAAAAGAUACUAGAAUGGACUGAUACUCCAGAUAGAGCACUAGCUGAUGCAAUUUAUCUCAAUGACAAAUAUAGCAUGGAUGGUCGUGACCCUAGUGGUUUUGUUGGGUGUAUGUGGUCAAUAUGUGGCAUUCAUGAUCAGGGAUGGAGAGAAAGAGAAAUUUUUGGAAAAAUUAGGUAUAUGAACUAUGAAGGAUGCAAGAGAAAGUUUGACAUAAAUGCUUUCAUAGCUAGAUACGGUGGCAUGGUUCACAAGUAUACUAAAAAAUAAAUUUUAAAAUGUUAUUUUUUUUUUAUCACAAGUCAAACAAAUAUUUUUUGCAUCAGUUUCAUUUUGAAUACAUCUUAAUUUAAAUUUUAACAUCACAGUAUUAUUUUUCCAUGUUUUA